ACCGGAAGGACACGUAUCACAUCCCGAGAAACAUCAUGGCCGAGCCAGACUACAUAGACGAUGACAAUCCCGAGCUAAUUAGGCCUCAGAAACUAGUCAAUCCUGUCAAAACAUCCCGGAACCAUCAAGACCUUCACAGAGAGCUUCUUAUGAAUCAAAAAAGGGGUCUUGCCCCUCAGAAUAAGCCAGAACUGCAGAAAGUGAUGGAAAAGAGAAAACGAGAUCAAGUAAUAAAGCAGAAGGACGAGGAAGCACAAAAGAAGAAGUCUGACUUGGAAAUAGAACUAUUAAAACGGCAACAGAAGUUGGAGAAGCUUGAACUUGAGAAGCAGAAAUUGCAAGAAGAGCAAGAAAAUGCCCCAGAGUUUGUGAAGGUUAAAGGCAAUCUCAGAAGAACAGGCCAAGAAGUGGCUCAAGCUCAGGAGUCAUAGGUCCAGGCUGCAGAGACCACUUACCCAGCCCAGCGCACACGAAAAGCAUGUGCAGGGGCCUCCCCAGCGCUUAACCUCAGGGCCAGAGCCCCUGGAGAGAAUCCCAGCCAGCAGAGAACUGUUACUUUAAGGAGUUUGGUUUUGGUUUUCCUACCAUCCAGGUGGAUCAGUUAUCUGUGACUGUUGCAGUUCCUAUUCGCCAAACGAAAGAUAUUGACCAGCACUUAAGUUGGGAUAAUAGACCUGUGUUCAAAGACUUAAAAAAAUAACAACAACAAGAGAAAAAGGAAGAGGACACUGGAAUAAAUUCUUGAGAGUUGCACUACUUGGUUUUUCUUUCAAUCCAAGUCUAGUGGGGCACAGAGCCUUUUUUCUUUUAAAACCUAAAGAAAACGUGUUUCCUUCUUCCUUUAGUUGCCUAGUCAGUAAUUUAGAUCGCACAGAAAUGCGUUUGAUCUGUUAUAUCCACUGUUUGUAAGUUCUGUUUUCUUGUCUAAUUUACACUUUCACCCAUGUUAACACCGGAGAAUGUUAAUAUUCGUGUUGAAUACAGCGCUUACUUUUGUUGCCAUUAAGAUUCAGAAAUAGAGUGAGGAGAUUUAAAUAUACGGGAA